UACGUCACAUAGGUCAAUACUGUCGCAGUUAUAAAUAGUACAACAUCUAAUUCAGUGCCUUUAAUUUCUUGUAUUUCAGUGAUUCCAAGCCAAUCCCGAUUUAUUCCAGGUUUAUGUAACAAUGACGUGUCCUGUAAAUCACACAGUGGAGCUGAACCCAGUCCUACUCCCACUAGACUGGCUGCUGGGUACAUGGGAAUCAGACGAGCCUGGGGAGGGCUGCUUCCCCACCAUUCAACCUUUUCGUUACACAGAGAUACUGCACUUCAGUCAUGUAGGACAACCUGUCAUCAACUUCACGUUUAGUGCCUUUCAAGCAGAAACAAAGAAGCCUCUUCACAGGGAGUGUGGUUUCAUUCGAAUGCAGCCAGGCACCAACAGAGUGGCAUUCAUCAUUGCACAAAACUCAGGUCUGGUAGAGAUUGAGGAGGGAGAGUUGACAGACAAGCAGCUGGACUUGCAGACUUCUUCUCUGGCCAGAAUCUCUUUUGCUAAAGAGCCACAUGUGCAGCAGAUUCAUAGAGUGUUUCAGCUCCGAGCAGAUGGGAAGCUGGAACAGACAGUUUCCAUGGCAACAAAUAAUCAGCCACUGAUGCAGCACUUGCACAUCACAUACCGCCGGUCAUCUUGACCCAACAGCCUGGCAGGUGUUUGAUACUGACAAAUAUCUUGGUCUGUAACAACAAAUGCUUCUUCUAAAGGACCAUCAUAACAGCUGAGUCAAAUGACCUAUAACCAUAAAACAUCUACAGCUAAUCUGUAAUAGUCAGAACCCAUGUGUUUCAUAUCAUUUAAGUCUUCAACAAUCUUACAGUAAACUAUGCAGCAUAGUAAGCAUUUGUUGAACUAGAUUGGCAUGGUUUAGCCGCUACCAUGGAUUGAUGUUACAUUUUUUGCUGCAUUUCUCAGUCAUCAUGCAGUGAGAGCAGCUGCUUUGUUUAAAAUGUUUGAGCUGUAAAACUUAAUAAACUAUUAUGAAGGACAGAUCAUUUCUGUUUGCAAUUGUACUCAAACUGAAAGAGAAAGUUGUUCUAGACUUGUCCUUCAGAGAGAUUUUUCCUUUUCACAGUUUGGUGAAUGUGUUGGUGUUUUUCACUCUCCUUUUAAUUAGUAAAUUUUACAUCUUUAUAGUUUGAGGUCCCUUCACACCUUACAUAGUUUGGUUUAUGCUUUCAUUUAUGAUAAGUAAACACUUGUAUGUAUGUUCCUGUACUGAAUGUAUUGAAUCUUAUAAAACUGUCACCACUUUUUAAUUGUCUUAAACAUAUAACAGAAUAUAAAAAAGGCAAAUGUUUUUAUGAGUUGAUACUUUACUCUUGUAGGAAGCUGCUUCUCUGUCUUGAAUGUCCAGUAUUUGGUCAUUUUUUUUUGCAACUGCAUCAUUUAAUUAAUGAAAAGGAAAAGUGUAUGCUUAGCAGUGGACACUGGGUUUUAUUUUAUUUACCCUAAGAAAAGUUAUGUCAAAAUCAGAAACUAUCAAUAAAUGAAGAAACCGUUGAAUAUUCUGGUAAGUUUAUUGUGGAUUUUAAAAAAAAAAGUCCAGACACACAUGUAUAAAUUAACAGUGAAAAGGAACACCCACAGACGUACAGCACAAUCAUUCUGAGGAGCCCUUAGUGGCUGCCUAUACCGCAGUGGCAUCUUUGCAGAAAUAAUGGUCAGAAUACAAAAAUAAAAUCAUAAAUAAAGUAUUUACACGUUAAAAACAAAGUCUGCAUCGUCAAAAUCUGCUCAUACUUCGUGUAUCAUUCAAACCUCUUCAAGUUCUUCGGCCAGAAGUCACCGUGAGACUCAACAUUCCCUUAUCAAUCAAGUCUUGAAUCAGAGCACAAAGUUCUCAACUGGCGCCAUUGUUUUUGGAUCGCACAGAAAGACACCAUUUGUGCUUUAGUCAAGUACAAAAGUGUGAAUGAAACCCUUAAAAAGUGUAACUUGUUGAAACCCCCUGAUAUUGCCAUUACUCCCGCCUCGCCUAGGUAGAAAAUGUCUCUGCAUCACCAUCUGACGUCAGUCCCUUUCAGACUGAGGUGUGGACAGUGAACACAGAGAUCACAGCUCCAUCUACUUCAUUCACAGGAAAAUUCAAGAUAUAAAACUCAGAGGACGCAUCCAGUCGAGUGGAUUUCAUUCGUUUACUUUCAUAACUCUGCCUUAAACUAUAUUCACUGAGAUUAACACAGUGUCAAAGCAUCGUACGGUUUAUCUCAGGAGCUUCAACGGCUUCUCCAAGGUCCCACUGAGCCUCGACUUCAUCACACAUUACAGGUACAUCACAGAAAAGCCCUCACUGACAACACUGAUGAAAGCAGAGGGAAAUGGAUGAAAGUAGAGCUGGAGUGACACAAAACUGUUCCAUUGCAA